AUGACCGUCUCGCGCCUCGCCCCCGUGCACCACCGGUCCAUCUGCGUCCCCAAGUCGCGCUCUCGUCGACGAACGAAGCCUCGCGCUGCGGACGCUAAUGAUUCCUUGGGAAAUCUCGACGCGCUCUUAUCCGGUGGAAUCACCUCCGAAGACGAACGCGUGGUCGGCCCGUCGUCCUCGGACGACGAACCGACGACUUCCAGUGGCACGCAACGCGUCACGCGCGCCGUGGAGGUGAGACUGAACGACGAGACCGUCGCGCGGGUGGAGCUGGAGGUCGCGUCGGCGACGUCCCGGUUAGUCCGGGCGACGAUGAAGUCGCCGCUCGGGAUCGUGUUCGAGGACGUCGAGGGGGCACUGACGGUUGUCGAAUUCUUUGAUGAGAGUGAUCUCGGACCGCGAGGUCGAGGGAUUCGGAUCGGGGACGUGUUGAGAGCGACGUCGGCCAUGAUACCAGAGAUGCAAUACCCAAAGCUCAACGUGUUGGGCGGCGGCGUCGGGAGACCGGGAUGGCGACGGGUUAUGUACACCACGGCGUGCGAUUUAGAUGGAAAUCUAGAUGACGUGACGUUCGAUCAAGCGAUGAAAGCGAUAGGGAGUAACGCGAAGGCCGGCGACUACGACGUUGAGCUUGUGUUUGAGAGGCGAGCGACGGAUUAG